AGAGGUUCAACUCUGCUCCUUCCCUUCCCACGGCUGAGUUGGUGUAGGAGCACCUGGGUGAGCUGCACCAGACUUCAUCAGGAUGAGGCCUCUGAUUCCGUUCGCUGCCCUCCUCUGGCUCCAGGGCCUUUUGGCGGAGGAAGACGCAUGCCCAUCCCUGGAAGGGAGCCCAGACAGGGAGGGUGAAGGUCUACCCCUGAGCGUGAACGUCAGCAGCCAGGGAAAGCCUACCAGCCUGUUUCUGAGCUGGAUGUCGGCAGAGCCAGAUGGGUUUGACUAUGCCCUCAGCCUCAGGAGUCUGAACCUCUUGGGCUCUCCAGAAGGGCAGCAGUUUCAGGCUCACACAAAUGAGUCCAGUUUUGAGUUCCAUGGCCUGGUGCCAGGGAGUCGCUACCAGCUGGAAUUGACUGUCCUAAGACCCUGUCGGCAGAAUGUCACUGUUACCCUCACUGCCCAAACUGCCCCGUCAGUGGUCCGUGGACUGCAGCUGCAUAGCUCUGGGAGCCCAGCCAGCCUGGAAGCCUCAUGGAGCGAUGCCCCUGGGGAUCAAGACAGCUACCAGCUUCUCCUCUACCACCUGGAAUCACAAACGCUGGCACAUAACAUCUCAGUGUCCCCUGGCAUCCUGUCUUACAAUUUUGACAACCUCUUGCCGGGUAGUCAGUACGUCUUGGAGGUUAUCACCUGGGCUGGCAGUCUCCAAGCGAAGACUAGCAUCCACCAAUGGACAGAGCCUGUGCCUCCAGCUCACCUAGCACUACGCGCCUUGGAUACCAGCAGCCUGAAAGCCUUCUGGAACAGCUCUGAAGGGGCCGCCUGGUUCCACCUGAUGCUCACAGACCACCUAGGGGGCACCAACCUGACCGCAGUGCUCAGACGAGGGGUCUCCAACCACACCUUCCUUCACCUGUCUCCAGGCACACCUUAUAAGCUGAAGCUUUGUGCUGCGGCUGGGCCUCACUGGGUUGUGGGGCCCAACGCCACCGAGUGGACCUAUCCCUCCUCCCCAUCUGACCUGGUGCUGACCCCUUUGUCUAAUGAGCUCUGGGCAAGCUGGAAGGCAGGGCCGGGAGCCCGGGAUGGCUAUGUGCUGAAGUUAAGUGGGCCAGUGGAGAAUACCACUGCUCUGGGCCCUGAAGAGUGCACUGCCGAAUUCCCAGGACCCCUGCCUCCCGGACACUACACCUUGGGGCUGAAGGUUCUAGCUGGACCUUAUGAUGCCCAGAUGGAGGCCAGGACCUGGCUGACUGAGACUGCUGUCCUUCCCAGGGAGAGUCCUGGUGCCAGACUACAGCUCGAUGAACUGGAAGCCAUCAAGCAGGCUGGGAGGCGGGCACUACUCUAUGCUGAUGGUGCUCCAGGUCUCCUAGGAAACGUCUCUGUGCCCUCUGGUGCCACUCAUGUCACUUUCUGUGGCUUGGUACCUGGAGCCCACUACCGGGUGGAUAUCGCCUCAUCUGAGGGUGACAUCACUCAGAGUAUUAUGGGCUACACACGUCCCCUGCCACCUCAGUCACUGCAGGUCAUCAGUGGGAGCAUCCCGGCUGACCUGACCGUCAGUUGGGCUCCAGCACCAGGACAGCAAGAGGGCUACAAGUUCACCUGGCAUCAGGACGGCAGCCAGUGGUCACCUGGCAACCUUGUUGACUUGGGCCCUAACAAUUCCAGCCUGACUCUGAAGUCUCUGGUACCUGGCUCCUGCUACACCAUGUCAGCAUGGGCCUGGGCUGGGAACCUCCGCUCCAGUUUGCGGAAGAUCCACGGCUGCACCCGCCCUGCUCCUCCCACCAACCUGAGCCUGGGCUUGUCCACCCAGCCUGCAGCACUGACGGCUUCCUGGAGUCACCCGCCAGGUGGCAGGGAUGGCUUUCAGCUGCGGCUUUACCGGCUGAGGCCCCUGGCACUUGAAAGCGAGAUGCUCCUGUCCUGGGAGGUCCAGAACUUCUCCUGGGCCCAGCUGGCGGCAGGCUCUGAGUUCCAGGUUCAGCUGGCUACCCUGUGGGGUUCCGAGGAAAGUAACAGUGCCAACUCUACAGGCUGGACACCCCCCUUAGCCCCCACAAUGGUAAAUGUGACUAGUGAGGCUCCCACCCAGCUCCAAGCAUCCUGGGUCCAUGCUCCUGGGGGCCGGAACAGCUACCAAGUGACCCUAUACCAGGAAGGUGCCCGGACAGCCACCAGCAUUGUUGGGCCCGAGGCAGACAGCACAAGCUUUUCGGGUUUGACUCCUGGCACUAAGUACAAAGUGGAGGUCAUCUCCUGGGCUGGGCCCCUUUUUGCCGCAGCAGCCAAUGUUUCUGCUUGGACACAUCCACUCACACCCAAUGAGUUGCUCGUGUCCAUGCAAGCAGACAGUGCUGUAGUUAGCCUGGCCUGGCCCAGUGGCCCGUUGGGCCAGGGGACAUGCCAGGCCCAACUCUCAGAUGCUGGACACCUCUCGUGGGAGCAACCCCUGUCACCAGGCCAAGACCACCUCAUGCUGAGGCACCUCACGCCAGGACACACCGUCUUGAUGUCUGUGAAGUGUCAGGCAGGGCCGCUGCAGGCCUCCACUCACCCUGUGGUGCUAUCUGUGGAGCCUGGCCCCGUGGAAGAUGUGCUGUGCCAGCCUGAGGCCACCCACCUGGUCCUGAACUGGACGAUGCCUGCUGGAGAUGUGGGUGCCUGCCUGGUGGUGGUAGAGCAGCUGGUCGGGGGAGGGAGCGGUCACUUUGUCUUCCAGGUCAACACCUCGGAGGAUGCUCUCCUGUUACCCGGUUUGAUGCCAGCUACUUCCUACCGCCUCAGCCUCACUGUGCUGGGCAGGAAUAGCCUGUGGAGCCGGGCAGUCACCCUGGUGUGCACUACUUCUGCUGAGGUUUGGCACCCCCCUGAGCUAGCUGAAGCCCCCCAGCUGGAGCUGGGGACAGGGAUGGGCGUGACAGUCACACGUGGCAUGUUUGGCAAAGAUGAUGGGCAGAUCCAGUGGUAUGGCAUAAUUGCCACCAUCAACAUGUCAUCGGCCCAACCUUCCCGGGAAGCCAUCAACCACACGUGGUAUGACCACUACUAUGGAGGACGUGACUCCUAUCUGGCUGUGCUGUUCCCCAACCCCUUCUACCCAGGGCCUUGGACUGUGCCAAGAUCCUGGACAGUGCCUGUGGGCAUAGAGGACUGUGGCCACACCCAGGAGAUAUGCAAUGGGCAUCUCAAGCCAGGUUUCCAGUAUAGAUUCAGUGUCGCGGCCUUCAGUAGGCUUAACCUUCCCGAGACCAUCAUCACCUUCUCGGCUUUCUCAGAGCCCCAGGCCAGCAUCUCUCUGGUGGCAGUGCCCCUGCCGGUGUUGAUGGGGACUGUGGCAGGCUGUAUCUUCAUUGUGUGUGCAAUGCUGUGCUUGCUGUGCUGGUGGCGCCUGAAAGGACCAAGGCCGGAGAAGGAUGGUUUUUCCCAUGAGCUGAUGCCUUACAACCUGCGGCGGACCCAUCGGCCCAUCCCCAUCCAUAGCUUCCGGCAAAGCUACGAGGCCAAGAGUGCACACGCACACCAGGCUUUCUUCCAGGAGUUUGAGGAGCUGAAGGAGGUAGGCAGGGAGCAGCCCAGACUAGAGGCCGAGCAUCCUGACAACACCACCAAGAACCGGUACCCACACGUGCUACCCUAUGACCACUCGAGGGUCAGACUGGCCCAGCUGGCAGGAGAACCUCAUUCUGACUACAUCAACGCCAACUUCAUCCCAGGCUACAGCCACCCACAAGAGUUCAUCGCCACUCAGGGGCCCCUCAAGAAAACACUAGAGGAUUUCUGGCGGCUGGUAUGGGAGCAGCAAGUUCAAGUCAUCAUCAUGCUGACUGUGGGCAUGGAGAACGGGCGGGUGCUGUGUGAGCACUACUGGCCAGCCAGCUCCACCCCUGUCACCCAUGGUCAUAUCACCAUCCACCUCCUGGCAGAGGAGCCUGAGGAGGAGUGGACCAGGAGGGAGUUCCAGCUGCAGCAUGGUGUCCAGCAAAAGCAGCGGCGGGUGAAGCAGCUACAGUUCACUACCUGGCCAGACCACAGUGUGCCAGAGGCUCCCAGCUCUCUGCUCACGUUCGUGGAACUGGUACGGGAGCAGGUGCACAUCACUCAGGGCAAGGGACCCACCCUGGUGCAUUGCAGCGCCGGCGUGGGCCGGACAGGCACUUUUGUGGCUCUAUUGCGCCUACUGCAGCAACUAGAGGAAGAGCAGAUGGUUGACGUGUUCAACACCGUGUACAUUCUUCGACUGCACCGGCCCCUCAUGAUCCAGACGCCGAGUCAGUACAUCUUCCUGCACCGUUGUCUGCUCCACAAGAUUCUGGAAGGACCCUCUGAUACCUCAGACUCCGGCCCCAUCUCUGUGCUGAAUUUUGCACAGGCUUGUGCCAAGAGAGCAGCCAAUGCCAAUGCUGGUUUCUUGAAAGAGUACAAGCUCCUGAAGCAGGCCAUCAAGUAUAAGACUGGCUCUCUGAUGCCCCCUCCUGGCUAUAAUCAGAACAGCGUUGUCCCGGGUGAUCGUUCUCAGAUGCAGUUCUCCCUGGUGGAGGAGAGCCCUGCUGACAACAUGCUGGAAUCCUGGCUCUUCCCCGGUGGGCCGUGCGGUCGGGACCACGUGGUGCUAACUGGCUCUGCAGGACCGAAGGAGCUCUGGGAACUGGUGUGGGAGCACGGUGCCCACGUGCUGGUCUCCCUGGGCCUGCCUGAUGCCAAAGAAAAGCUGCAAGACUUCUGGCCGGUGGAGAUGCAGCCUGUUGUCACAGGCAUGGUGACGGUGCACAGAGUGGCUGAGAGCAACAUGGCUGGGUGGCCCUGUACCCUCUUCAGAGUCAUACAUGGGGAGAGUGGAAUUGAGAGGCAGGUUCAACGCUUGCAGUUUCCAUUCUUGGAGUCUGGGUGCGAGCUCCCAGCUACCACCUUACUGCCCUUCCUGAAUGCUGUGGUCCAGUGCUGCUCCCGCGGCAAGAGCAAGAAGCCAGGGACCCUGCUCAGCCACUCCAGCAAGGGCACAAAUCAGCUGGGCACCUUCUUGGCCCUGGAACAGCUGCUACAGCAAGCAGGGACCGAGUGCUCUGUGGAUGUCUUCAAUGUGGCCCUGAAGCAGUCACAGGCCUGUGGCCUCAUGACCCCAACGCUGGAGCAGUAUAUCCACCUGUACAACUGUCUGAACAGUGCACUACGGAACGGGCUGCCUUGAGUUGGGAGGUGCUCUGUGCCCCACUGGGCAUCAUGUCCCAGCAAAUCCACCCAGGCCUGGCUUCCCUGGGAGAGCAGCCCCCACUGGGCCUCAUGCCGUGAAAGGGCAGAGUCAGGAAAUAAAGACACAUGGUCAAA